AUGGCUGCCACCACCACUCUCUCCUUCAACUUCCCAUAUUCAACGCUCUCUUCGGAAUCUAAACUUUCGCUCUCUUCACCUUCCCAAUUCAAACCCUACACUGUUGCUUCCCGCCAGAAUGUCUGCAUCUCCACCACCGCCACGCUCUCUGUCUCCGCUUUCAGAAACCCAACCUCCCCAAUGUUUCUCGCAACGGCUUCUCGGAACGCCGAGCCCAUGCUCCCUCCUUUCAACGUUUUGAUUACUGGCUCAACCAAAGGAAUAGGGUAUGCGUUGGCGAAAGAGUUUUUAAAAGCUGGUGACAACGUCCUGAUUUGCUCAAGAUCAGAUGAAAGGGUAGAGAGUGCUGUCCAGAGCUUGAGAGUAGAAUUUGGGGAGCAGUAUGUGUGGGGAACUAAAUGCGAUGUGAGAAUUGCAGAGGAUGUGAAGAAUUUAGUUUCAUUUGCUCAAGAAAAACUGAAAUACAUUGAUAUAUGGAUCAACAAUGCUGGAUCAAAUGCAUAUUGCUAUAAGCCACUUGUUGAGGCAUCAGAUGAGGAUCUUAUUGAGGUGGUUACAACAAAUACCCUUGGCUUGAUGAUAUGUUGUCGAGAGGCAAUCAAGAUGAUGGUGAACCAGCCUCGUGGAGGUCAUAUUUUCAAUAUUGAUGGAGCAGGUUCAGAUGGCAGACCAACUCCACGGUUUGCUGCAUAUGGAGCAACAAAGAGAAGUGUGGUGCACUUAACAAAGUCAUUACAGGCAGAAUUGCAGAUGCAAGAUGUUAAAAAUGUCGUAGUACAUAAUCUUUCGCCAGGAAUGGUUACAACGGAUCUUCUCAUGUCUGGUGUUAAUACAAAGCAGGCAAAGUUUUUCAUUAAUGUCUUGGCAGAACCUGCUGAAGUGGUUGCAGAAUACUUGGUUCCAAACAUUAGAUCCAUCCCUGCAAACGGAUCAAAGAAACCAACAUACAUUCGAUUCCUCACCGGUUUGAAAGCCUACUCUCAGAUAUUUUCAAGAUUGGCAUUCGGGGCAAGAAGGAACCGAUACAUUCUUGAGGAUUGA